AUGAAGCUUCAAGUCACCUGCGUGAUUCUCAUCCUCGUCAUCCCCUCCGCCAAAAACUCCUGCUGCUUCCCAGGCCAGACAGCAAAUCCUGCUGGUUUGUUAAGGCAACAAAUGGAGCCCAUAGAAGAAACUCCGGGUCCGCAGGCCCCGCUCCGCCGCGCCAAGCGCUUCAACAGCCACUUCCCGAUCUGCACCUUCUGCUGCAAGUGCUGCCGGAACCCGGGCUGCGGCUUCUGCUGCCACACCUGA